AUGAUCCGGCGGGCUUGCGCGUGUUCCGGCUUCCUUUGGUGCCUCGGGCUUGCUGAUGAGAUUGAGGCUUUGCAAGCGACCUUUGGCUGGAAGGGCGGCGGCAUCGACAGACUCCGUUUCUUCAAAGAAAGACUCGGUUUCGAGCCACGGCACGUGGUGGACGUGGGCGCGCAUGUGGGCAACUGGACGCGUGACGCGCGGGAGGUUUAUCCUUCGGCCGACUUCUUGCUCAUUGAAGCCAAUCCGGAGCAUGCGGACAAGCUGAGGGCUACAGGCGAGAAUAGGGAGAAGCGGGCUGUCAGUUUUGAGAUUCACGAACUCAUGGCCUGUAACCCGGCGCUCUUCCCAGACCUCUAUGCGUGA